GGAAAACAACAGCAGCUGACAGGUGACAGUGAAGUAAAGCUGUCGGGGCAUCGGUGAGGGCAGACAGGCUCCGUUACCGGGCUGUUUGUUGGCAGGGGCCAGGUUAAUAACCUCCACUAACACACAGCUAACACACACACACACACACACACAGCUAACCCUUUCUAUAUGUGGAGCAGCUAGCAGGAGCCAUGUUGUGUGUCUGUCAUUGAGAAGCUGUAAGCUGAUCAGUAACACUGAUGAGUGUCUAACGGUUCCUGCUGGUUGGCUGGGUGGAACUGCUGGGUGCUGUGACGACACUGUGACGACACUGUGUGAGGACACUUCGGGGACCAGCCUGUCUGCUGCUUCUGCUGGCCCGGCUGCAGAGACCAGGAUGUGACGCUCCUCUGCUGACCAACAAUCAGCAGCAGAAUGUCUGUCAGCUGCCUGCUGAGAAACACCUUCAGGCUGGAGAGGAAACACGUGGCCGCACAUUUGGCCCAGCAGAGAGCGCUGUCCGGGGCCGACGCCGUCAACGCACUCAGACCCUUCUACUUUGCAGUCCAUCCCGACUUCUUCGGUCAAUACCCCAGGGAACGGGAAGUGAAUGAGAAUUCAUUAAAGAGGCUGAAUGGCUAUCUGGACAACCUGCAGAAGCCCGGCUCGCGCUCGGUGCAGCCAGUGAAGCUCACCUUUUACGUCAGGGACACAAAGGACGGCAGCGAUGUGCAGCCGGAGCUCCUCGCCUCGGGGUUCCGGCCAGUGAGUUUCACUCUGCACACAAACGAUGUCCUGAGCACGGUGAAGAACGUCCUCAUGUCCUGCAGCCUGCCCACGGGGCACAUGGAGGGUCUGGCAGCAAAUGCGGAGCCAUCCAAAAGUCCAGCGGAGGCGGGGCUGACCUUCUACAGACCUAUCCGAUGGGAUAAGAGCUACUACACCUUCACUGGGUUCCGAGACCCUGAGCAGGAGCUGCAGCAGGCCCAGAGAAUGGAGCCCACUCUGAUCUCAUGGCUGAGAAACAACGAGCCCGAGGCCACCGAGAAGUACAAUGCUAGUCUUCCUCGGAGAGAAGAGCUGAACAGACUGAAGAAGGAAUUGUGUCACAACUUCAAUCUGGCUGAUAUCAGGUGGCAGCGCAGCUGGGGAGUGGCCCACCGCUGCUCUCAGCUUCAGAGUCUGAGCCGGCUGUCCCAGCAGAACCCCGAGGCCCUGAUCAACCUGCAAGGACACACUGUGGUGUUUGCCGACCAGUCGGGGAUGAACGCCUCGGGACACAUCAUGCUGGGAACCAUGGACGUUCAUCAUCAGUGGACCAAACUGUUUGAGCAGCUGCCCGGCUACCGCAGCCUGCAGCAGCAGACGGACUGGCUAAAGGAGAGGAUCAGCCUCCUGCUGGGUGGCACUCAGGUGGUCCACGUGGAGAGCCUGGGCCCGGUCCAGCCCAUCGCCGAGCACUACAGCACCCUCAGCACCUUCCACAAGACCCUGAUGUCCCGCCGGCUACGCCUGCACCCCCGCAGCCUGCAGGGGCUCACCAUGCUGUUGGAGAACAACCGCUCUAACCCCAGGCUACACGAGACGGGCCACUUCAUCAUCCCCGCCAACUGUGACCCCCCCGAGCUGCAGGUCUUCCUCCAGAGCCAGGCGCGCGAGGCCAGACAGCGCACGCAACGCAAAAACCAGCUGCAGGCGGAGGAGGAGGCUGCGGUGAAGCUGUGUCUCCACAGUCUGUCUCUGAGGAGUCUGUCCAAGGAGCCCAGCGUCAGCUCCAGCCAGAUGAUCCGCUGCUGCAAACGGCUGGUGGAGCAGCGCCCCCCCCUCACGCAGGGCCUCCACUUCUGCGUCUCUCACUUCUACUCGGUCAUGCAGGACGGGGACCUGUGUGUCCCCUGGGACUGGAAGAGCUGAGCUUGCAGGGACACGCGCUCAGUCCAGGCGUUGUGGAGAGCCACAUUUGUAGCCAUUAAAUGUCUUUCAGGCAGGAAAUAGAAGUCGGUUCAUUUCCGAAGGAAUCCUUUUAUUUAGUUGUUAAUUCAAGCCGUGGGGGCUUGUCCAAUAAGAAGCACUUUAUCCUCUUGAUAGAAAUAUGCAAAAUGAUUGACAAGAAAGGAAGAAGAAGAAACACAUUUCUGCUGCAUACAAUUCAAAUGUUUUCUCCCAAAAUACUGGAGACUUCGACCUCUUCCCGAACCAAACGGGGUUUGGUUGAACUGGGAUGAGGGCGGUGGGACAGGCCCAAAAAGCUUCAGCUUUAAUAGGAGGGGGGUUGAGACCUUGACAUAUGCACAUGUUGACAAAGUUUUGUUGUUGUGUGAGAAAGAAUGGAAUAAUAAAUCUGGUAACGGCACAACGUGCUCUAAACGUAGUAAAUACUGACACUAGGGUCAGAACAGCGAACCAUUUGGUACAAAGUGGAGUCCGACCACGUUGAG